AUGAGGCCGGUGAAGGUGUGACCUCACACCUUGCUGUCCAGGAUAAAUGGAGGAGCAGCACAGCCUUCCUCAGUGAACUCGCCGCACUGCCAGUGACACAACCUUUCCUCCAGAAGAAAACCUGCAGACAUGGACGCCUCUCUCUCCCAGCUCCUGCUCCACGGGGACGAGCCACUCUUCGGCUGCGAUGCUCUGCUGGAGCAAAUCUGCUCCGUGUCGGACUCGGGCUACUACAGCGCUACCGGCAGCCUGUCCCCGGCCUCCUCCAUCGACUCCUGCUGUUUCUCUCCCCCACCUCCGCAGUCUGCAGCGAGGCAGGAGCCCAGAGACCUCCAGCUCCUCCUGAGCACCACUGCUGCCCCGGCACAGAGUCCCAACCCUGUCCAGGCCAAGAGGAGAUCCAGGUCAAAGUAUCCUGGGAAGAAACGCCAGAGCGCCAGCGAGAGAGAGAAGCUGAGGAUGAGAGACCUGACCAAGGCCCUUCACAACCUCAGGACCUACCUGCCCCCUUCAGUGGCUCCGGCGGGACAGACCCUGACCAAGAUCGAGACCCUGCGCCUCACCAUCCGCUACAUCUCCCACCUGUCGGCGCAGCUGGGGCUCAGCGAGGAGGGGCUGGCCCAGAGAGGGGAGCUGGACACCCCAGGGUGCCUCACUGCCCCAGCCUUCCCCGGGUGCUACCAGUACAGCUCCAUGCCAGCACACUGGGUGCCAGAGGAAGCACAGAGGUCUCCCCAAGACAAUAUGCAGCAGUUCUGCAUACCUGAGUCCACAGGCCUGAAUAGCAAACUCGACAUGGACACAGGCUCACCCUUGUCAGCCCUCUGCUUUCAAGACAUGCCGUCAUAUCAGAUCUACAAUGACACAGGCUAUAUCGACACCCAGCCGGACACCACGUUCUUCUUAUGA